CCUUUCGGGAAGGAUUUGAAACGGACUCUGGUACAGGCCGGCAAGCUCGCCGACCAAAUGGGUUCCACCACGGUGGGAUCGCAACACGUUUUCUUGGCACUCCUCGAAUAUUCCGAAGGUGGUUGGGCGGUACUCGUGAAAAUGAACGUCCUGGACGAUACCGUCACGGCGUUGGACGUUUGCGAAUCGCUCCUGCAAAAUAUGGCCGACCAACCCGACCAAGCCCGCAGGGAACUAGUCACGGGCGCGGGUGGGUCGGGCAAGAUGCCCACGCUUACGGAAUGUGGAGUUGAUCUGACGCAACAAGCUGAGGAUGGAUUGUUGGAUCCGGUCUACGGAAGGGACGACGAAACACGAGCCUGUGUACGCACCUUGAUUCGGCGGCGCAAAAACAAUGUUUGUUUGAUCGGUGAACCAGUAGGUGUUGGAAAGACGGCCAUCGCCGAGGGCGUCGCGCAGAUUCUUGUGGACGAGAAGCUCUGUCCGGCCCGCCUCAAAGGCCAUCGCCUCUUCAGUUUGGAACUAUCCAAUCUCGUGGCGGGCACCAAAUACCGAGGAGAGUUCGAAGAACGGUUGCAGUCCAUUAUUAAGGAAGUCACCGACCCCAAGGCUCCGCCAACGAUUCUUUUCAUUGACGAAAUUCACAAUCUCGUGGGGGCAGGGGCGGCGGAAGGCGGCAUGGAUGCGGCUAAUUUGCUCAAGCCCGCGCUCGCUCGGGGGGAACUGCAACUCAUCGGGGCGACCACAAUUAUGGAGUACCGCAAAUACAUCGAAAAGGACGCAGCCUUGGAGCGCCGGUUGCAGCCGGUUAUGGUCAAGGAACCGUCCGUUGUGCAGACCAUUGAUAUUCUACAAGCCGUCCAGUCGAACUACGAAAAGCACCACGGGGUCACGUAUACAUCGGCUGCGCUCAACGCCGCCGCCACCUUGUCCGAUCGAUACAUGACCGAUCGAUUUUUGCCCGACAAAGCGUUGGAUCUGUUGGACGAAGCGGGGGCUAUUGCGCACUUGGAAGAGCCCGAUGAGGAUGUCACACCGGAAGUAACGGAACAUACCGUCGCGAUGGUAAUCAGUGAAUGGUCCGGUAUCCCCAUGGGAAAACUGGAAACGCAAGAAAUGGAUCGUUUACAGGCACUCGAAGGUGAAAUGGGACGUCGCGUCAAGGGACAGGGCCGGGCCAUUCGUGGUGUAGCCCGUGCCGUCCGUCGGGCCCGGUCCGGAUUGCGCGAUCCACGCCGACCCGUCGCUUCGUUUUUGUUUUGUGGGCCGACCGGAACGGGCAAGACGGAAUUGUGCAAGACACUGGCGGAGACCUACUAUGGCUCGGAAAAGGACAUGAUUCGUAUUGACAUGUCGGAAUACAUGGAAAAGCAUUCCGUGAGUCGGUUAACAGGGCCACCACCAGGAUACAUUGGAUACGAAGAAGGGGGUCAAUUGACGGAGGCCGUACGCCGUGCACCACAUUCGGUGGUGUUGCUCGACGAAUUGGAAAAGGCGCACGGAGACGUUCUCAAUAUUUUGCUCCAAGUUAUGGAAGAUGGGAUGUUGACGGAUGGUAAGGGCCGAACAAUCAACUUCAAAAACUCCAUUUUGGUCAUGACUUCCAAUGUGGGGAGCCGGCGGAUUCUGGAAGUUGCUCGUUCUGGUAGGGACAGUAUAGUCCAAAAAGAUCAUUACCUCUAUGCUGAACUCGCUCAAGUCGUGAAGGAGGAGUUGGAAAGAGAAAUGAAACCGGAGCUACUGAAUCGAAUUGAUGAGAUUAUUGUUUUCUCGCCCCUCUCGACGGGCGACCUGUGGAUGAUCGCCGAGUUGAUCGUUGCCAAAAUUUCAGAAAGGGCAUUAAAGGAACAAAAGCUGGAACUGAAGAUUGAUCGAUCCGUGAUAGAGCGAGUAAUGGCCGAAGGAAGCGCCAACGCUGACCAGUUUGGUGCUCGUCCCAUGCGCCGAGCGGCUCAGCGUUUUGUCGAAGACAGUCUGAGUGACGCGAUCAUUCAAGGUUUUCUUCAAGAAGGUGAAGGUGCUACCGUCUCUCUCGCGUCGAAGGCCUCC